AUGACACCAUAUUUCGAUUUGUGGCACCAUUUGUAUAUGGAUAAUUAUUAUAAUAGUGUGGAAAAUAGUCAAAUUUUAUUGAAACAUAAAAUUAGAAUAUGUGGCGCUAUUCGUAUAAAUAGAGGUGUACCAGUAUGUUUAAAAACUGUACAACUAAAAAAAGGAGAGACCGUUUAUCGCAGAAAAAAAGAUGUUUUGGUACAAAUCUGGAGAUCCAAAAAUGAUGUGCGAAUAAUAUCAACAAUCCAUUCCGCAGAAAUGAAAGAAAGUAGAAAUAUUGAUAGGGCUACAAAAGAAAAAAUUAUAAAACCCGUCGGGGUAAUUGAUUAUAAUAAAUAUAUGAAAGGAGUAGAUCGAGCCGAUCAGUACAUUUCGUACUUCAGAAUCGCAAGAAAAACUAAAAAAUGGACAAACAGGGUAUUCUUCUAUUUGUUAAAUUGUGCCCUUUUUAAUGCGUAUCGUGUAUAUAACAAUUUAAACACAAUGAAGAUGCGAUACAAGAAGUUUUUACAUGCGAUUGCACGUAUGUGGAUAACCGACGAUAUUCAAGAUGUAGACGACGAUGAAGAAAACCCUGGACCAUCCGAAUUGCGGACAAGACGCGCACCAAAAUUAGAUCCGCCAACAAGAUUAUCACAAGACAUGAAACAACAUAUAUUGGAAAAAAUAAUAGGCACUGGAAAAAUACGCCAUCCUCAAAGACGAUGCCGUGUGUGCGCUAAACAUAAUAAACGGAGUACAACGAUUACAUAUGCAGACACUGUAACGUUCCACUUCACAGGGGUAAAUGUUUCACAAAAUUCCAUACACUUAAACAUUAUUAGUAUACAUAUAUGUUAUAUAUACAUGUAUUACAUAUGUAUUUUGUUUGUAAUAAAAAUUCAAACAAUAAAAUUUUUAUGUAAAUGCAUUGAAAUAAAAUUUAUUUUGAAAUAAACUUUGUGCUUUUGCAUAAAAAAAAGCUUUUUUGAAUGGAGCAGUAUCUGUCAAAAAAUGUAGGCUACAGGCAUAAAUUUGCGCGCAAACAAGCCGGACCGUAAUGUGUUAAGAACUUUCGAGAAAAUGGGCGCAGUUUUUAACCUUAUCACUACCACAGGGACACAUAUGUCCCAAACAACGUCUAAACAAUAACUUAUGGGAAAUGAAAGCACUUAGAAUUUUUCUACUUUCGUUCUUUUUUCGUUUCUUUCUUUGACUACAUAUGCUACAUGUGGAUAACUGUUUAGAACAAUGAAUUUUUACGCGAUAAGGUUUUUAAUUUAGUACGGUAAAAGUAGAAAAAUCCUAUUUUCUGAAAAACUGAUCCUUCGCAGUUUCUUUAAUCCGGACAACAAAACAAACAUUGCCACGAUAAUUAGCGUGUCCGAUAGUCUAUGUGUCAUGUGCUUUUCAGGUUCACAGAGCUCAGGUCUGGCGGAUAGGCAGGUCCUUGGCGAUUUCCUGUGGUGAUGUUAUAUGAAGCUCUAAGACUCAUGCCAUUGUAAAGACGGAAGUCUCUUUUAUAUAAGAGACAAAUUUUGAGCCUGGCUCACUAUGCAAAGUCUACGAACGGCGAGCUCAAACUUUUUCCUUCGAAAGGUACACCACCGUAGACCUGUUCUGGAAGCUUCGUUACUUCAUAGAUCUAUGUGUCUCGAUGUCUGAUUUAAGAAACUAAAAACCGGAGGAUUUUAGCUCUUGUCGUUCAAAAGUUAUUAAAAAAACAUCGAUGGAAAUGGACAAUACAUUAGGUACCUUAUUUUUAGUGUACAGCUAUACUUUCAGUAAGGGGACACCUUCUAUAUCCUGAUCGGGAUAUAUAUCCCGAUUGGGAUAUAGCUAUAUCCCGAUCAGGAUAUAGAAAAAAAGUAGUAUCCCGAUCGGGAUAUAAAACACGAAAUUUCGUCG